AUGGCGCCAGCAAGUGGGCAUCUACUACUCCCCAAAAUAUGGAGAGCAGCAAGAUUUGCCUACGAGAAGGCGGCCAGAGCUCUCAAGGCCAAACUCUCGGAACAGUCACAGCAACUGCAACCAAAACUCCAGCCGGCUUACGCACAUGUCGGUUCUCGCCAGCCCAUUAGUCGAGCCGCAGCGAUUCGACAAGCCCAAAGCCGCCGAUUCUCUACCCGUGCAGGCGGUUAUAUUGGCUCACACCUACGCCAAAUCUCACGUCCCGCAGGCAGCGCUACCCCAAACUCGUCAGUACGUCAAAUGGUUAUUCGUUUGACAUCUCAAUCGCCUUUCAACUCCGCUCUCCGGCCCAAUUUGACCGGCGGAACUCUCGGUCGUACGGCCGGUGGAUAUAGUAUCGGGGCAGGAAGAAUUGGUGGAGCAAGAUACUUUUCACACGGCCCUGCUGCACCUGCGCAGGUUAUCCAGAAUGUGUCCGUCGCGAUGCGUGGGUUCUGGUUAUCCGGUCAACGAGCUCGAUUCGAUGGCAUCGAUCCAUGUACAGGCGAGAAGCGCUUCAAGACCGUGACACCUUUGCAAGAUAAGGCACAACGUCGAAUGGUAGAGGUCUCGCGCAACACUCCCGGCUCGUAUAUUGAUUUCCAGCUGUCGCCCACAAUCACUUCCAUCGGAAAUCUCAAGAACGAAUCUCUCCAGUCGGAAGGCUUGAUGGAGAUGCUUUCUGUCGAUUUUGCACGUGCUUUGAAAGAUCUUGCAGCAGUCUUGAAUGACCUCCAGCGUCUUGGUACGCUUGGUGAUCUUCCUGUCUCCCUUGAAAACAAAUCUACUCUUCGUGUUCGCUUCCCUGGCUGCGAUGCGGAGCAAGUAGAGCGUCUGUGUGACGAAGUCGGUGUGGAGCGUGGCCAGGUUUACCAGGAUGAAGAUUUUGAUCACCGAACUGGCGCUGAAUUGGCCCUGCUAUUUCCAUUUGCUCCCAGCAUUGCUCCCACUCCAGAAGCAGAACUUCUCAUAAUCCAUGAAAAUCCUCGAGCUUCGACCAAGCAUGAUUUGGAUUGGCGGUUGAUGAUGUCUGGUAAGACGUCACCCAGGAUAUCUCACGAUACAAACCAAAUAAGCUUUGAAGAUGUCGAGAUGUUUGGUGAUAACCCGUGGAUUUCUUCGCCUUCUGGAUACUCCAGCAUUGGAGUGAGCGAGCUUGGAGACCGAGAAUUUUUCGCUGAGCUUUCGCCGCCGCGCGCUGGAGAGAGUCACUCUGAUUACGAAGGGGUCCAGGGAAUAUAUAAAUUUUUGGAACAAUGUGACUUGGCUGCAGGCCAACGGUUCUAAGCCAGCUUCGACAGCACUUUCGUUUUUUCUUUUUUAUUGUUCUUCAUGAUAUCCAUUACUGCUUUUUCUGAUGACCUGCUUGACACAUAUCGAUCAGCCGCCUGAUAUGUACGACACAUUAUUUUCUUCUCCUUUAUGUUUCCGGCUCCUUAUCCAGCCUGUAUUAGGAGACUUUGACUAAAUGAGCCUGGGUAUUCUCGGUCUCGUCCCUUUGCAAGUCGAAUUUUUAGACUAGAAUGACAAUCUCAUCUCUUAUU